AUGAACAUCGAUGAUCCCAUGAUCACAGAUGACCAGCCGGCACAGGUCGAGGAAGAUAUGGAGCCCAAGAAGAAGGAACGCUUCGAGGUAAAAAAAUGGACCGCGAUUGCCUUCUGGUCCUGGGAUAUUGUCGUUGAUACCUGUGCCAUUUGCAGAAACCACUUGAUGGAGCCCUGCAUCGAAUGCCAGCCCAACAGUAUUAAAGAAACCACCAAUUGCGUUGCUGCGUGGGGUGUCUGUAACCAUGCGUUCCAUCUGCAUUGUAUUCAGCGGUGGCUCAAGUCUAGACCAGUGUGUCCUUUGGAUAAUGUAGCAUGGACGUACCAGAAGUUUGGAAAGUAG